AUGGAGAUGUUCAGAGAAGGAGGGUCCACAUCACGACCCCCAAUGCUGGAAGGUGCUAAUUACCCAUACUGGAAAACCAAAAUGCGAGCAUUCUUGAGGGCGGUGAAUGAAAGAGUUUGGAUGGCCAUUGAAGAUGGUUGGACAUGCCCAACGAUGAUGGAUAACGGUGUCACCAAACCAAAACCUACGAGCUUGUGGACUCCAGAUGAGAUGGAGAGGGCCAAUUUUAAUUCGAAGGCCAUGCAUGCUUUGUUCAAUGCAGUGUCCACAAAUCAAUUGAAGGUCAUUGCAAACUGUGAGAUGGCCAAAGAGGCUUGGGAAAAACUACGAAUUAAAAAUGAAGGAACAGAUGCUGUAAAGAAAUCCCGCCUUCGUGCUUUGGCAAAAGCGUUUGAGGAUUUAUCAAUGGAGGAAGAAGAAACGGUGGCUGAGUUCCAUGCUAAAUUGUGUGACAUAUCAAAUGAAUCUUAUGCUUUGGGAAAGACUUAUUCUAAUGCAAAGCUGGUUCGUAAAGUCCUUGGAGUUUUACCUAGGAGAUUUAUGUCUAAAGUAACAUCCAUUGAAGAAAUGAGAAAUGUGGAGGAACUGGAUCUUGAUGAACUGAUUGGAUCCUUGCAUAAUUAUGAAAUGUCAUUAACAAGGUGGAAGAAAGAAAAAAAGAAGAUGGAUGUGAACAAAGAAAAAGGGGACAACAAUAUUGCGUUCAUUCACAAAGAAGAAAAUAAGUCUAUCCCAGAUUUGUCUGCUGGUUUCUCAGAUGAAGCUGUAGAUUUGCUGACCAAGAACUAUGCAAAAUUCUUGAAAAAGAAGUACAAGAAACAGUGUUCUGAAGGUAAGGAAAAUGCUUCCAAAAGAAAUCCUCUUAGGAACUUCUGGCAUGGUCAGCAACUCAGUGACAAUAAGAGCAUGGGCAUUCAGUGUAGAGAAUGUGAUGGGUUCGGACACAUUCAGGCCGAGUGUGCUAACACUCUCAAGAAGAAGAAAGCCCUUGUUGCCACCUGGAGCGAUAGUGACGAAGAAAAAGACUCUAUUGCAAGCAAAAGUUCUAAUGAGGAUAAACAGGUAGUGGCUUUCAUGGCUCAAAGUCAUCAGUCUGUUGAAUCUGAGGAUGAUGGAGUCUCCACUGUGUCUGAAGUCGACAGUAAUGGAAGACAAAAUGCAUAUGAAGAGAUGUUUGCUCAAUGGGAAUAUAUGACCAAGCAGAUUAUAGGUCUGAAUAGUGCCAAGGAGCAGAUAGAGUCUGAAAAAGUCAAGCUGGAGGACACUGUUAAGAAUCUCAACAAACUUCUUGAUGAGAAGGAGAAUGAGAUCUACAAGCUUUCAGCUGAACUCAUAAGAGCUAAACAGGCUUUAGAGUUUAUCCCUCCAGGAACGACUGCCAUCAAUCAAACUCUUCAACUUCAAAAACCUUAUGGUGAUCGAACCUCUAUCGGAUACAAGAUGUUGUAUAAGCAAGGAGAUAACUUGGGGGUAGAAGAGUCCAUUACACCAGUGAUCAACCUAGACAAAAAGGAUGACAAUCAAUCAUCAUUUCCCUCGACACCUCAGUCCUCAGACCCCACUAGAAAAUUCCAUGUUCCAUCUGGACCUACCAAGGUGAAGUUAGAAGGAAGAAAAAUUGCCCCAGAGAAUAUAUCUCAUAUGGAGAGAUUCAUCCCAGUGUGUCACUUCUGUAACAGGAGGGGUCAUAUUCGACCCAGAUGCUAUAAGCUGCAGAACUACUUGAAAGCUAUGAUCAAUUGA